UGUCCCCGGGGACACCCCUGCGAAUCUCAGUGUUCAGCCACACUUCCUAGGAAGCCGCGCCGAUGGGCUAAUCCCUGGACGCCCCGGGGUUGUGCAAGCUCCACUCAUCCGAGGGUUCACGGGCGGGCGGGGGCGCCGGGAUCCCCUUUGUGGCCGCCGCCCCAACUCGGCCCGCUCCUCCCCCCAGCCGCCCCGCCCUCAGCCCCGGACCCCCAGCCAGGGCGGCGGGCACGCUCGCACCCGCGCCUCCGGGGACUCGCGGACCGCACAGACCGGCCAGGCGCGCUGGGCAUGCUCAGUCGCGGGGCGCCAGGCUCGCCAGUCGGAAGCCAGUGCUCAGCGGAGCCGGCCGGGGCGCACCGAGAGCGCGCGGCACUCGCUGCUGCAGCGGCGGCCGGGCCGCGGCGCAUCCGGGCGGGGACCCGAGGCGAGUCCCACGCGGCGUCCCCGAGCCGCCGGCAGCGGCGCCCGCUCCAGAAAGGCAAAGCGAACCAGGGGCCAUCAGCGCGACUGGCGUCGGCGGGGCUCUGACGCUCCGCGGCGGCCACCUCAGAGUCGCUGCCCGCCCCGGCCGGGCCGGGUCCGGGAGCCGUCGGACAUGGAGCCGUGGAAGCAGUGCGCUCAGUGGCUCAUCCACAGCAAGGUGCUGCCCCCCAACCAUCGGGUGACCUGGGACUCGGCGCAGGUGUUCGACCUGGCGCAGACCCUUCGCGAUGGAGUCCUGCUCUGCCAGCUGCUCAACAACCUGCGGCCACACUCCAUCAAUCUGAAGGAGAUCAACCUGAGGCCCCAGAUGUCCCAGUUUCUCUGUUUGAAGAACAUCCGGACAUUCCUGGCCGCCUGCUGCGAUACCUUUGGAAUGAGGAAAAGUGAACUUUUUGAGGCAUUUGACCUAUUUGAUGUUCGAGACUUUGGAAAGGUUAUAGAAACAUUAUCUCGGCUAUCCCGAACACCAAUAGCAUUGGCCACAGGAAUCAGGCCGUUCCCCACUGAAGAAAGUAUAAAUGAUGAAGACAUCUACAAAGGCCUUCCCGACUUAAUAGAUGAAACCCGCGUGGAAGAUGAAGAAGACCUCUAUGACUGUGUGUACGGCGAGGAUGAAGGCGGAGAAGUCUAUGAAGACUUGAUGAAGGCGGAGGAAGCCCAGCAACCUAAAUCACAAGAAAAUGAUAUACGGAGUUGUUGCCUAGCAGAAAUUAGGCAGACAGAAGAAAAAUACACAGAAACGUUGGAGUCAAUAGAAAAAUAUUUCAUGGCACCAUUGAAAAGAUUUCUGACGGCGGCGGAAUUUGAUUCAGUAUUUAUUAACAUUCCUGACCUUGUAAAAGUUCAUCGGAGCUUAAUGCAAGAGAUUCAUGAUUCCAUUGUAAAUAAAGAUGACCAGAACUUGUAUCAAGUUUUUAUUAACUACAAGGAAAGAUUGGUUAUUUAUGGGCAGUACUGCAGUGGAGUGGAGUCAGCCAUCUCUAACCUAGACUACAUCUCUAAGACAAAAGAAGAUGUCAAACUGAAAUUAGAGGAAUGUUCAAAAAGAGCCAAUAACGGGAAGUUUACUCUGCGCGAUUUGCUGGUCGUUCCAAUGCAGCGCGUGCUGAAGUAUCACCUCCUCCUUCAGGAGCUGGUAAAACACACCCAUGACCCUAUGGAGAAGGCGAACCUGAAGCUGGCUCUGGAUGCAAUGAAGGACUUGGCACAAUAUGUGAAUGAAGUAAAAAGAGAUAAUGAGACCCUUCGUGAAAUUAAGCAGUUUCAGCUAUCUAUAGAGAAUUUGAACCAGCCAGUUUUGCUCUUUGGACGACCACAGGGAGACGGUGAAAUCCGAAUAACCACUCUGGACAAGCAUACAAAACAAGAAAGGCAUAUCUUCUUAUUCGACUUGGCAGUGAUUGUCUGUAAAAGGAAAGGCGAUAACUACGAGAUGAAGGAAAUAAUAGAUCUCCAGCAGUACAAGAUAGCCAACAACCCUACCACUGACAAAGAGAAUAAAAAGUGGUCUUAUGGCUUCUACCUCAUCCAUACCCAAGGACAAAAUGGGUUAGAAUUUUAUUGCAAAACAAAAGAUUUAAAGAAAAAAUGGCUGGAACAGUUUGAAAUGGCUCUAUCCAACAUAAGGCCAGACUAUGCAGACUCCAAUUUCCAUGAUUUCAAGAUGCACACCUUCACUCGGGUGACAUCCUGCAGGGUCUGCCAGAUGCUCCUGAGGGGAACAUUUUAUCAAGGCUACUUAUGUUUUAAGUGUGGAGCAAAAGCACAUAAAGAAUGUUUGGGAAGAGUAGACAAUUGUGGCAGAGUUAAUUCCGUUGGUUUGCCGAAGAUGCAGGUCAUUAGGAACUACACUGGCACCCCGGCCCCAGGGCUUCAUGAAGGACCACCAUUGCAUAUCCAGGCAGGCGACACUGUUGAACUUCUGAGAGGAGAUGCACACAGUGUGUUCUGGCAGGGACGAAACUUAGCUUCAGGAGAGGUUGGAUUUUUCCCAAGUGAUGCUGUCAAACCCUCUCCAUGUGUACCUAAACCAGUAGAUUAUUCUUGCCAACCCUGGUAUGCUGGCCCAAUGGAAAGAUUGCAGGCAGAAACUGAACUUAUUAACAGGGUGAAUAGUACUUACCUUGUAAGGCACAGGACCAAAGAAUCUGGAGAAUAUGCAAUUAGCAUUAAGUACAAUAAUGAAGCAAAACACAUCAAGAUUUUAACAAGAGAUGGCUUUUUUCACAUUGCAGAAAAUAGAAAAUUUAAAAGCUUAAUGGAACUUGUGGAGUACUACAAGCACCAUUCUCUCAAAGAAGGGUUCAGGACCUUAGAUACAACGCUACAGUUUCCAUACAAGGAGCCAGAACAGCCAGCUGGACAGAGGGGUAAUAGAACAGGCAACAGCUCCCCUCCUCUGUUCUGUGGCUUUUCUUUUGUCACUCCUCCAGACUACAGCUUUGUUCCCCCUUCUUCCACUCCUUUCUGGUCAGUGUUGAGUCCCAAAGUACUGGGUAUUGCCAUCGCUCGGUACGACUUCUGUGCAAGAGAUAUGCGGGAGCUCUCCCUAUUGAAAGGAGACAUGGUGAAGAUUUACACGAAGAUGAGUGCAAAUGGCUGGUGGAGAGGUGAAGUAAAUGGCAGGGUGGGCUGGUUUCCAUCCACAUAUGUGGAAGAAGAUGAAUAAAGUCCUAUCCAGUGUUGACCCUGCACUAAAAUCUCAAAGACAACAUAAGCAGAAGCCUGCACGGCAUUGAGUUAACUGAAGUGUUUAAAAAGCAGCGUUCUUGGCUGUUCAACACCCUCUUUUUUUCUCUUCCUAAGUCUUAAUGCUGGGAUUUCUAAAGAUGCUGGUACUGACAGAUUAAUGGCUCGCCUAGAGCAGUGCAAGAAACAGCCUGCCAGUCUGUCAUUGUCAGGAACCAGGGCAAAACCAAUGGCUUUUCUACCCCCAAAGAGUCCAGCAAACCCAUCAGUUUAGCUUUCUCUUACUUCAUUGGGCCAGACACCAUGGAUCCAGCCAUUAGGAAACGCUUUUUGCAUAUUUACUUUGUUCUCACAGUUUUUGAUGAUACAAAGAAACAGAAGUUUAAUUUUGCUUUUCCCCAGCAUGAAGAGAAAGUAGAGCCUGCCAUCUGGGAAAGAUCCAGCUUGCUGGAAAGAUCCAGCAUUUCUCGUCUUAAAUUGUUCAACAGGUGACUCACUGCCUGGCAAACCCUUUUAUCCCCAGAUGUUACUCAUGAUAACAAAAAAGAGGCUCAUGCUCAGGUUUGCAUCAUAAGUGAUAAAUUACAGAGAGGGUUUUAAUUAUUCAUUUGAUGUCCUGAUUAUAUUUCCACACUUCUUUAUGAAGAAGAAAAAGAGAAGCACAUGAAAGGAGGUGUCUUUGUGUUAAAGCUUCACAGCUUUCGUGAUUUCGUGGAGUGUUUUGGAAAUGUCGUGCUUGACAAAGGGAAUCAUGGCCGGCCAGAUCAUGCUUAGUUGCCAGGAAUCCCAGAAAGGUAGAGGUGUUUACAGAGACAGAUCAAGCACUGUAAUCAAUCCACAGGACAUCACUGUAUAGCUGCAAUAGCUAUUAACACAAGCCUUUUCCUUCUCUCUAGAAGGACCCAGGGCAGAUUUGCUGAUUUACAAUCUUUUUUUUUUUUUAAUAGUAGCACAAAAGAGCUUUAUUGAGGAUUUGGGAAGAAAGGCAGCCCGAGUCCUUCAUUUCUUUCUGAGACGGAUGGAAGGGCACCUGAUGUCCGUGUCCUCCUGCCUGCUCUGUUGGUCCUUCUGAUGCCUUUCUAGCUAUGUCUUAAUCAGUAGGAAGAUCCACCUUGCAGCAUGUUUCUUUCUCUAAGCUUUCACUGUGUUCCAUGAGGAGUCUUCAGUAUCUUCCUCCUGAGAUGCAUGGGGUCCCUAGCCCAGGCUGACAACUCGGCUCUUCCAUGGUGGAGUGUUUCUUUGGUAGCAGUAGCUGUGUUCUGACAAGCUUCUGAAAAUGUUUCUUCUUGGGGAAAAAAAAGAUGUAUUUUUAUCUUACAAGUGAUCUAGAAGCUUCUCUUGUACCAGACUUUCUUGGUCACCUCUUACAUGUAAGGGCUGAGACAACCUGUUCUCUCCCAUCUCACAGGAGUGCCAGAACCUGGAAGAGACCCCAUGGGGGCUAGGACUUCUCAUUUAAAUAGACUCAAGACCUUUACCUCAGAAUUAUGUAAACUGUGAUUGUGUUUUAGAACAAUUGAGCUUUUGUAUGUGUGUAAAUGGUCAGGAAAAUGUAUUUUAUAAAAUGUCUAUAGAGUCAACUUGUGCUGGCAAGGUCUACUCUUGGAAUGGAUUCCUACCUAUAAGGUCUUACUUGUGUCUUGGGGAUGUUUUGUCUGUUCAUGCCAGCAAGUGUUGCUAUGGAGAGUACAGCUUCCCACAGAUUGUAACACUCCUGUGUACAGUAUUGUAGCAUGUAUUGUUUAUUUCAGUCAAUAGACUCCCUGCCUCACAAAUGGUAUGUGGUCUUCCUGUUGCAUUUCAUUGGCCUCAGAGUUUCAUAGCAGAGGAUACAGAGCCUCUUUUCAUGACAUUACCAAUGACAACUUUGUCUACAUUUAAUACUUUAUAUUGGAGGUUUUAAAUGCCACGAUCUGUGUAGAUUUCUAAUACCAAAGACAGACAUAAAUGUUUUCCAUAGACUUUGUCUUGCCUGUCUGUAGCCCUUGUGUCAUAUGGUGAGUUAGAAUGACAUUUUACUUUGUAAUAUUUUGUAAAUAUGUCAAUAAAAUAGUUACUACUUGCA